AUGGCAACACUCACUGUUUCACUCGUUCAAAUUUUUGCUACAAUCAGUGGUCAAGGACAAUAUAAAAUAAUCAAUCUUCCUCAAUACACAACGCACAAUAGUUUCAUUAAGAAGAACAUGGUUCCAGGAGGUUAUGGAGGUGGAGGAAGUUCAUCUGGAUGGUAUACUGGCACUGGAAGUGGUGGCGGUCAAACCGCUGUCAAAUUUGUCAAUAAUGAUUUAUUUCAUAGAGUAAUAGUUAGUGGUGGUGGAGGGGGAACAGACGAUGGUAAUGAUGAUGAUGGAACAGGAGGGGCCGGAGGAAAUCUUGUUGCCCAAGGUUGGUUUGCCAAUGGAAAUUAUGUUGGAAAUUAUUUGGCAAAAUCUGACAGUGGAUUUUCCUUUGGUCAAGGAGAAGCAGCAAUUGAUGCUAAAUCAAGAAACUCCAAAGGUGUACAGUCAUAUGAUAUGAAUGAUAUAGCUGGUGCUGGUGGUGGUUGGUUUGGCGGCUUUGCAAGUCACAGUCCUAUUUCUGGAGCUGGGGGAGGUUCAUCCUGGGCAUUAACUGAAGAUGCAGUGAUUCCUCCAGGAGUUAUUGAUGCAAGAGAUGAAUUUUAUGAAAAUCCUGUAAUGAAGAACUAUGCAUUCACCAAAACAUCAGGUUUUCUAUUUUUCGAUGUCCAGCAUGCAGCAGGUGUUUGGCAAGGAAAUGGAAAGCUUAUCAUAACUUUUUAG